GAAAGAAGUUUGAUCAGUCGAUACCUGCACUCCCUGUGCUAAAAUCACUGCUAUUCCCCGAACUCUACUAUUUCUACUGGUCAAAUAGAUUUGGCACGCAACUGUUAGACAGAACAAUGUCGACAGCAUCGUCUCUUUGCCACCUGUUGACGCUGUCAAUCUUACUGCUUGUUUUCGUCACGUCAGCUACGCCCAAUCAUAUAACAUGUGACCCUGUACCAUCUUGCAACUGCCGAAAAGGAGUGGAUCGUUACGGAUGCGCCUUGUGCCUCUGUCCCCCGUGUAACUUGUGUUGUAAAUAUGGGUUGUACGAUGUCAUGGUCUACGAUGAAGAUCGCGGGGUCUGGUGUCCCAAUGACUGCUUAACGCCAAACUCGGGGAUCGUAAUCGACCCUUAUUAUGAAUCCUGUCCCCAUCCUUAUUCCUGAAAGCUUAUAUAUUAUAGCGAGUCUAGACAAAUAUGGCGACGAUCAUUACAAAUUUCGAUAAUGUCUGUACAAUAACGUCACAACAUUCUCCUGUUCUCUAAAAUACAAUUUGUGUGCUUUGAUGCGAUAAUAUAUUUGCUGUGAUAAAAUACGUAGAUACUUCACUG